GUGUUUUUUUCGCCUUAGAUGCCAAUGUGUGUGUUCGUAGACAUGUGCUUUUUCAAUGGCCGUCGAAUUUUCUCAUUUGGUGUCGAGUCGUCGAGGAAUUCAGAUAGACCAGCAUCCAUUCGCCACAAAACGUUAAGUAACACGAAAAUAACUCUGUAAUUAUCCAUCCGGUGGCCGGAAUAUAGAUAUUCUACAGAGCAAACACCUUUUGUUGUUCUUCCCAAACGUCGUAAUUACGUCUUUGGGAUAAAUUUUGUGUGCCAAAAGAAAAUAUUCCAUUAUACAUACAGACAACAGACAGUGCAAUCACCUGAAGGUAUCGAAGAAAAUGUCAGCGACCGUUGUGCCCACAAAUGGUUUUAAAUCCGUCAAUGGUAACGGUGUUGCAGAAGAUGAACUCCAGGAUGGUCUGUCGUGCCAAGAAUUGUUUGCCAGCACAGAAGGCUUGACUUACAAUGACUUUCUUAUACUGCCCGGUUAUAUUGAUUUCACUGCCGAAGAAGUUGAUUUGAGCUCACCUCUAACCAAAAAGAUUAGGCUGCGUGCUCCCUUGGUGUCGUCGCCUAUGGACACGGUUACAGAAUCGGAUAUGGCUAUUGCUAUGGCGUUGGGUGGCGGUAUUGGUAUUUUGCAUCACAAUUGUACGCCCGAAUACCAAGCCAAUGAGGUGCACAAGGUUAAAAAAUAUAAACAUGGCUUUAUACGUGACCCUUCGGUAAUGUCGCCCGAAAACACAGUUGGUGAUGUUUUGGAGGCUAGACGUAAGAAUGGCUUCACCGGCUACCCAAUCACAGCCAAUGGCAAAUUGGGUGGUAAAUUACUGGGUAUUGUGACGUCACGCGACAUUGAUUUUCGUGAAAAUCAGCCUGAAAUCAAAUUGGGCACCAUAAUGACCACCGAUCUAAUAACAGCUCCCAAUGGCAUUAACCUACCCAUGGCUAAUGACAUUUUGGAAAAGAGCAAAAAGGGUAAAUUGCCCAUUGUUAAUGAGAACGGUGAAUUGGUGGCCCUUAUAGCUCGCACAGAUUUGAAAAAGGCUCGCUCCUACCCGAAUGCCUCAAAGGAUAGCAAUAAACAGUUGUUGGUUGGCGCUGCCAUCGGUACCCGCCCCGAGGAUAAGGAUCGUCUGAAAUUGCUAGUUGCUGCUGGUGUUGAUGUCAUUGUCUUGGACUCAUCGCAGGGCAAUUCGAUUUAUCAAAUCGAUAUGAUAAAAUUCAUCAAGAGCACCUAUCCCGAAUUGCAAGUCAUUGGUGGAAAUGUUGUUACCCGUGCCCAGGCAAGAAAUCUCAUCGAUGCUGGCGUUGAUGCUUUGCGUGUUGGUAUGGGCUCCGGUUCGAUUUGCAUUACCCAGGAAGUCAUGGCAUGUGGUUGUCCCCAGGCCACCGCCGUUUAUCAAGUGGCAUCCUAUGCCAAACAGUUUGGAGUACCCAUUAUUGCCGAUGGUGGUAUUCAGUCUAUUGGCCACAUUGUCAAGGCUUUAAGUUUGGGUGCCAGUGCCGUUAUGAUGGGCUCUUUGUUGGCCGGUACUUCUGAGGCUCCUGGCGAAUAUUUCUUUUCGGAUGGUGUGCGUCUUAAGAAAUAUCGUGGUAUGGGCUCUCUGGAGGCCAUGGAAAGACGCGAUGCCAAGGGUGCUGCCAUGUCCCGUUAUUAUCACAAUGAUAUGGACAAACUGAAGGUGGCGCAGGGCGUGAGCGGCAGCAUUGUUGACAAGGGCUCCGUUUUGCGUUACUUACCCUAUCUGGAAGUGGGUUUGCAGCACAGUCUCCAAGAUAUCGGCAAUCGUUCCAUCGAUGAGCUGCGUGCUUCUAUCUACACCGGUAAAUUGAGAUUCAUGAAACGUACCCAUUCCGCUCAGGUGGAGGGUAAUGUACAUGGCCUGUUCUCCUAUGAGAAGAGGCUGUUCUAACAUUCACUGCCCUGCACUCAGGGGGCAACAAAGAAAUCGAAAAACAACAGCAGCAGUGAGAACAAUUUAAUGGAAUCGCCCAGCAGCAGCAGCAGCAGUCGGAAUCUGGCAAUGGGUGGUAACAUUUACGGAACACAUUUUAAACAGGAUAAAUUUCCCAUUAAACGUAGUGCUUAUUGAACAAAAAAUUACAAAAACAAAGUACUUAUCUUAUUAACAAUUGAAGCUAAACAACAACUCAGUUAUAUAUUUAUUAGAUUAAAAAUUAAAUCUACCAGCUAUACAACUUUGAUUUGAGCGUACAUUUUGGAAUGAUGAUGUCAAAGCCUGUGCUCAACAACCAAGUGGAAUUAUUGUACUUAUUAUGAUGAUGACAAACCUCUGUUAUAGUUCUAUUUCUUUUUUUUUCCUAAUUUAAUAAGAAUGCUGCUAUUUUUCAAAUUUCUUUGUGCGCUAUUUUAACAAGUAAACAAAAUCAUGACUAAGACGUAUAAUUUUUUAAGCCACAAUCUUCAAUUUCCUAAACUUUUUUUUUGUUAGCAAGAAAAAGGGAACAAAUCUCAAAUUUAACAUUGGCCCAAAUCCUACAUUCAUUGCACCCUAACAAAACAAUUCAUUUGCCAUAGAUUUGGACGAAAAUAUUUCCCAUUCAUUUUGUAUUUUUAUUACCAUAUAUUUUUUACAAAUAAGUUUUUUUUUAGUUUUUUUUAUCAGCUGUAGAUGAUUUAAGACAAAAAAUAUGAAAAACCAUAGUUGAUGUUGCCAAUUUUUUUACUAUUAUUGUACAACCCCAGCCUAUAUAUACCCAAUUGUAAUUGAAUGUAUAAUGUUUACAAUUUUAAAAAUUCUAUGUAAUUACGGUACAUGUGAGGAGUAUACAUACAUACAUAUAUAACUUUCUAUAUAAAUAGUAUUUAAACAAAAAAAUAUACCUACCUAAAUAAUGAAACACAAUAAAUAUAUAUAUUAUUGGAAAAUUUAAAA